ACAAAAAUAAUAAUAACAAAACAUUAAUAUAGACAUGGAUGGUGAAAGCCUUAGAAUCAAACAAGAAAGCCCUGAUAGCCCUUGUUCUAAGAACAACAGCAACAACGACGACAACAACAACAACAACGCGAGUAAUAAAGAGCAAGACCGGUUUCUCCCUAUAGCGAAUGUAGGGAGGAUCAUGAAAAAGGUAAUUCCACAAAGUGGAAAAAUUUCUAAGGAUGCGAAAGAGACUGUUCAAGAAUGUGUUUCUGAGUUUAUAAGCUUUGUCACGGGGGAAGCAUCGGACAAAUGCCAAAGAGAAAAAAGGAAGACUAUCAAUGGUGACGACAUUAUAUGGGCUAUAACAACCCUUGGUUUCGAGGAUUACGUGAAUCCCUUGAAAAUGUACCUUAAUAAGUAUAGAAAAAUUGAAGAGGAGAAAUUAAAUGUCCCUAAGCAACAAAGAUCAAAUGAUCAAUUACAUCAACUUUCACAACAACAUAAUCAUCAACGGUUAUUACAACACCACCAACAACAUGAUCAAUUUCAACAAGUUGAUCAAGGGUUGUCACCUUAUGCUACUAGUAUAUAUUCUUCUACAAACACAUUGUUGCUUCCUCAACCAUCUUUUCCGGUACCGGAGCAGCCGUUUUCUUUGCCCUUCUCACCAAGUUCUAUUCAAAAGAAUUACCAACACCAAGAUCAAAUUGAUUCAGUUGGCCAUUGGUGAAGAAGAGGAAGUAACUUGCUCUUUGAAAUUUUGUUUUUAAACUUUUUGGUAUUUGAUUUUUUUUAUUGUUUUUUUUUUUUUUUAAUUUUUUUUCAUGGAAUAAUAGAAUGUGAUACAUAGCAAUAUAGUAUAAACAAUGUAGAAGAGGGAAACAACACAUAUACUUAUUUCAAAGAUGUAAGAAAUUCAAAAUUGAUUAUCUUUCUAAAAUAAGCUACUUUUUUAUCAUCGUCUUUUUUAAUUGCAACAUUUUGAUUUUUCACUCUUAAUGUUAAAACACAACUUUGGUUGUUAAAAUCAUUUUACAUGUAUUUAUAACCUUUACUUUUUAUUCCAUAUUUUAUUUUGUAUCAAUAAAAACUAAUAAUGAAAGUUGAAUUUAAAACACAUAAAAACUUAUUUUUUCUAAUCUAAUCAAAACUUUUUUUUUUUGAAAUAAUUAACAAUGAUUAAACUAAACAUUUCCGUGAUAAGCCGAUUUACACAAAAAUAAUUUCAUCGUUAAUCCAGCUCACUUCAAAUUUAACGCUAAACUUCUCCGAUCAUUGCAAAUUACAGAACAAGUCAAAUUUAAUCGAAUUUAAAGUGAAUCUUACCUGCAUCAUAAUGCUCUCAACGUCAGCCGGAGUCAUAACGUCUGUCGCACUCACAACGUCCGAGGUAGUCACAACGUCCGCCGUAGUCACAGCGUCCGCUGUACUCUCAACGUCCACCGUACUCACAACGUCCACCGUACUCACAACGUCCGCGGUAGCCGCCGGAACUGUAGCUGGAACAGGAGAUUGUGUCCCGAAAGUUAACCACGCCUGAUUACCGGCCAUUAGAUGAGAUAGAAAAUGCAGAAAUAUGAGAGAGAAAAUGCAGAAUGAUGAGAGAGAAAAUGCAGAAGGAUGAGAGAGGAAAUGGAGUUUUUGUUUUGGAGAAAAUGGUGAAUGAUGAUGCUCAAAACUCUGUAAUAUUUAUACUGAUUUUGGCGCUAUUUAUUUUUUUUAUUUUUUUUUUAAUAUUUUAUACUUAUAUACUAUGUGAUCUUUGUUUAGUCAACUUAGUAUUACGGAGUACUAGUUAGUAGACCUUCCACAUCAACCUUAUGGACAGGGCCGGCUAUUGGGCUGGGUUGUUUCCCUUAAUAAGUUUUCUUAGUUUUUUUUUUUUAAACAAAAAAUUUAUUCUUUUAUACCCUUUGAUAAGUAUUUAUUUAUGACUAAUAAAAGGCAAAGUUUUUGAGACAAAGGAGUACGACUUCAUAUUUUUAUGGCAUAGGUUUUUGGCACAGGGUCCCUAAAAGGUUUUUGGCACAGGAUCCCUAAUAUGUUUAACAUGGCUCUGUUGUGGUUUUAUUCUUUUAUAUCCUUUGA